CCAAUUUUAUAAGUUGGUAUUUGCUUCUUGGAAGUCUGCCAACUUUUUGUAAACGUUUUUUCAAGAUGAAGAAAUGGUUAGUGGGAGGAGCCGUUGUAGUAGUGUUGAUUGCAUUAGGGACAUGGGCUAUUAUCUCCGUCACACCUCCACCUUCUAAGAUCUGCGGAACGCCCGGUGGACCGCCUAUCACCGCCCCGAGGAUACGGCUCAGCGAUGGUCGCCAUUUAGCCUACCAAGAACAUGGAGUUAGUAGACAAAACGCCACCUUCAAGAUCAUCUUUAUCCACGCAUUCGCCACCUUUAGACGUGAUGCUGUUAUCGCCCAACGUGUUCGUCCUGGGUUUCUUGAGAAAAACGGUAUCUACAUUGUGUCAUAUGAUCGACCUGGUUAUGGAGAGAGUGAUCCUGAUCCCAAUCGCAAUGAAAAGACAUUAGCUCGUGACGUUGAACAACUCGCAGACCAGUUACAACUUGGUUCCAAAUUCUACGUGGUUGGAUAUUCAAUGGGAGGCCAAGCCGUUUGGGGUGUUCUCAAAUACAUCCCUCACAGGCUCGCUGGUGCCACGUUGCUUUCUCCUGUAACCAACUCAUGGUGGCCAAGUUUCCCGAGUAGCUUGACUUGGGAGCUAUGGAACAAGCAAUCUAAAACCGAAAGGUUUGGGAUGCUCAUUACUCAUAACACGCCAUGGCUACUCUAUUGGUGGAACAAUCAAAAGCUAUUCGAAACAUCAUCUGUGAUGCAAUCAAGCCCUACGAUGUUCUCUCCUCAAGAUAUGGCUGUACUGCCUAAACUCGCCGCAAGGGUGGCUUACAAGAACCAAACAACGCAACAAGGGACACACGAAUCAUUAGACCGUGACUUGAUUGUAGGAUUUGGAAAAUGGGGAUUUGAUCCGAUGAAGAUCGAGAAUCCUUUCCCAAAAGGUGAAGGAUCGGUGCAUCUGUGGCAAGGGGAUGAUGAUCGGCUUGUCCCGGUGGCACUACAAAGGAUCAUUGCUCAGAAACUAACUUGGAUAAAGUAUCAUGAGGUUCCAGGCGCUGGUCAUUUGUUUCCAAAUGCUGAUGGGAUGGGAGAAACUGUCUUGAAGGAACUAUUACCUAUUCCCCAAGCAUCUUGAGUUCAUCAAUCUUCUUCAUUCAAUUUUACAUUGUUUGUUUAGACUCAGGAAAAAAUUGUACAU